AUGCAGACCUUCAUUGGACUCGUCGCUCUGGCCCUGCUGCCUUCCGUGCUGGCCACCGAGUGCGCCGCCGACAACUGCGCCCGCGCCGUCACCGGCACCCGCCGCGGUGAUCCCUUUGUCACCCAGGCCCAGAGCGACUGCAGCCACUUCCAGCAAAAGACCAUCACGGCCCCUGCUGUCACCAUCACCUCCACCGUUGCGCCUCCGUGGUACGCCACGGCCUGCUCGGGCACUGUCCGCUAUGCUAGCGCCUGCUCGUGCUGGGGCAUCACCGGCGAUGCCGUCACCGUCACUCCUACCACUACCAUCACCACCACUCUUGAUGCCGUCCCGAGCUUUGCGAAAUAA